UAAAUUAGAACAUAGAUUAUUUAUUUCUUUAUUGCAAUACAAUAAAUGUUAUUUCCAUAACAAAACCCCAAUGCUCUGUGCUCUUAUACGUUAUUUUAUUUUCAAGUAGUUUGAAAGGUUGGUUUUUAAUUUUAGAUGAACUUACCCUGUUUGUUUUAAUCAGAACAAUUUUCAGUAUAUUUAAUCUAACAUUUUUUCAAGGUAAUGUUUGUUAAAAUUGCAUUUAUUUCAUUUUUAUUCUAAAAUCUAAACGAAAAAUCAAACAUGACAUGUGCAUGACAGAGAAAUAUGACUUCUGACAUCUGUCAAAAAUGUGAUUAUAAAACUGUUUUAUCAACACGUGCGCACUAAAUAUAAUUUACCUUUAUUUGCAUAUCCAGUUCAAUAAAUAAUAUCAAUGCAUAUCAAAAUUUGUUAAACUAUUCCCUGGGUAUGUAGUUAUUAGAUUUAUAAACUACAUUAUUUUUUGUUUUUAUACCGGAACAUCCGGAACAUUCGAUCCGCCAUUGUGGAUUUUGAAGUUAGAAGUACAAACUGUGUACAAACUUGCUCCCCAUUUUUGGCAUGAAAAUUUCCAAAUUACAUUAUAAUGGAUUUAUAAAAUAUGUAUAUGUGUUAAUAUUUUCUGCGUAUUGCGAAAUCCAGUGAAUGAGAAACAGAUCUACAUAAGUAAAAAAUGGACCCGGACGACGCUAUACAACAACUUCUUAAGAAUACAGGGUGGUCAUGCGAUGACUUAUUGCAAAGAUUACAAAAAAUUAAGCAUUCCACCGCUGAUGAUGUGACUAAUGAAGAAUCAACCUCCCAAGAUAAGUCAGCAUUUCUAACUGAACCAAUUUCCCAAUAUAAUUCAUUGAUCCGUAAAGAUUCGACCGCACAAGAAAUUGUUUCCAAGUUAAAAGAAAGUAAUGAAACCAAAGAUUCAAAUGUUAGCAGUACCAAUGAAAAUGUUUCAAAAAACAUAGUUCCCAAUGUAAACAUAAAAUGUGGCGAAACUUCUGAUAUAACUAAAGAUUUAAUAUCUAGUAGUACAACUGAUGACAAACAAUUAGAAGGAACUUUUUCAGAUACCGAUGAGGAGGAAGAACUAGUGAAUACAACAAAUACCGACAUUAUAAACGAAAUUAUAGACGAUAUAUCUACUUCAGAUAGUCCAAAACCCAAACCUGAUAAUGCACUACCAACAUUAGAAAAAUUGAUUCUUCCUACAAAUGAUAAAACCGAGUUUACAGAAGUUAGAGUAAUAGAAGUGGACGAAGAAGCAGAAAAAAGUGAUAGUAUAAAAAAUAAUACUAUAAAUAUUGACAAAGGAGACAUAAGAAACCAACCACUUACAGAUGAAUACGAAACUAUCACUAUACAAACGGAACCACCAGAAAUUAAUAAAAAAAAUGAAGAUAAUAAAAAAAUUGAAUACGUGGAAAUACAUCCAAGGAAACGGUAUAAACUUGUGGAAAAAAGAUCUAUAUCUUCGGGAUUGACAGAAAGGCCUCUACCGAGUAACAUUAAACUUAUCAAGAGGCUUCCUUUAUCGCCACCCCCGUUGAUUGCGAGUCAGCGUGCCCCAGUUCAUGUUGGAACGUCAAGUAAUAGUCCAGUGCUUCAAAAACCAGCCACUUACGUGUUAAAAAAGAAAAUUAUACCAUCAGAUGGACCGAUUUCUAGAAAAAUUGUUACAAAUAAAUUUGUUGAAAUAAGGAAGGUAAAACAACUUCCUAUACAGCGUGUCGUAAAAUCAGAUACUUAUAAAAACAUUACAAUUUCCUCUACACAACAAGAAACAAAUGUUAAAAACAUCGACAGUGGACAUAAAACAGUUAAAGAAAGUCGGGAAACUAACGAAAGGACCAAUGAAAAGGUGGAAAACGUAACUUUCAUUAAUAACGAGAAGGCUAGUGAUCUCAAACGUCUUUUACAAACUGCAAUCAAGAAACCAACUAUACCGCCAUUAAAUAACGAAAGAACCAAUGAACAAGUGGAAAACGUAACUUUCAUUAAUAACGAGAAGGCUAGUGAUAUCAAACUUUUUUCACCAAUUGCAAUUAAAAAACCAACCAUAGCUCCAUUAAAUAACGAAAGAACCAAUGAACAAGCGGAAAAACUAACUUUCAUUAAUAAUGAGAAGGCUAGUGAUAUCAAACUUUUUUCACCAAUUGCAAUUAAAAAACCAACCAUAGCUCCAUUAAAUAACGAAAGAACCAAUGAAAAGGUGGAAAAACUAACUUUCAUUAAUAACGAGAAAGCUAGUGAUAUCAAACUUCUCUCACCAAUUACAAUUAAAAAACCAACCAUACCGCCAUUAAAUAACGAAAGAAUCAAUGAAAAGGUGGAAAAACUAACUUUUAUUAAUAACGAGAAGGUUAGUGAUAUCAAAUUUCUCUUGCCAACUGCAAUUAAGAAACCAACAAUACCGCCAUUCAUCAAACCGAUUUCAAGACUAAGGAAAUUGCUUCCUAAAGUAGAAUCAAAGGAAAAAAAACCGUGUUUACAUAUUAAGCCAUAUAGCCAAACAAAUAUCAAACCGUCUUUAUUGCCAGCUAAUUUAGCAUCAGUAUCCAAAAACAUCAGUGAACCAGUGCUUUCAAAUUCAUUUCUAAAAGUACCUCCAUAUGUUCCUGUUGAUGCUUUAGAUUUUAAUACAUUAUUAACCACUCAAAAGUCUGAACUGAGUACCCAACCUUCCAAUAAACUGUCCGAUGCAGUGGCAAUAGGAAAAAUAGUGAAAAAACUCCCGCCAGUUUCUGAAGAUAGCGACGAAGAAAUUAAUUCCUCAGAAAUUCCUUCUACGAAGACCUUGGAUGAACUUAGAAAUAGCUUAAAAUUACAGUUAAAUUCUUUACGAACUCGAAAGAAGAAAACUUUCCUCGCUAUACCUUCAACACAAUCGAUAGAUAAUAAUAUGGAAUGUAGUAAAAAAUUGUCUCUAUUAGAAGCUGAGGAAAGCCAAAUUAAAAUUUCAGAUGGUCAAGAUUUCUCGAAUCAAAAAUCACUAGAUAUUUGUGAAGAAGUACCUACCUUUUCUAAUACAAAUGAAACUAACCAGGCGUCUCCAGAAAAGUGUCUAAGUGAUAAUGAACUUUAUACCCAGACUAAUGAACUAGGGUUGAUAAUAUUAAAUGUACAAGGUGGAGUCGAAUUAGAUGAACUAGACAACGAAAUUAUGGACACAAAUACUGCAGAAGACGCAAAAGACAAUACAGAAGAUAAUUCAGAAGAAUCAGAACAAGAUACAGAAGAAAUCAGGGUAUUGGAUCAAUUAAGAAAUAUAAUUAAUAAAUCAAAAAUAAAAAAUCUCGAAAAGAGUAAUAGUUCCUCAGAAAUGAAACUUUCCACAAGUACACCUACGAAGAUUGACGAAGAGAAAAAAAUGGAUAUAUCCUCCCUCUCUGGCGAAAAUUCCCAGUCUUCAGAAAUCGAAGAAAAGUCUCCUUUCGUUAGUGAUACUUUAGAUGAAUUUUUAAUAGAAUCUCGAUUGAACAUUAGUUAUCAAGUUCCAAAAUUGGGAGCAGAAGAUGGUUUACAGAAAUUUUCAGAACCUAAAACAUCACCUUCGAAACUAAUUUUAAAAAAGCUGGUGAAAGAACCACCCGCUCAAAAGAUCAAAAGUACUACAGUGAUAAAAGCGAAAACUGUUGCCCAAAAAAGAAGACUAUUAGAAAGAGAGAGAAAAAAGGAAUUGAAAAGAUUAGAAAAAAUUAAACUCAAACAAAAUAAAUUAAAACCGAAGCUCGAAAUAAAGAAAGAAGUAAAACAAAUGAAAGAAAUAGAAUACAAAGAUAAAGGUUAUGUUUUAUUUAAAGAUAACAGAAUUUGGGUAAAUAGUUAUUGCCCUAAUAAAUGUAUAGCUCGAAUAGAUUGUACUAAAGAAGCUAAAGAUCCGACUUUGACCCCAAGAAGCAUUCAAAAGAAAAAAUGGUCACUGUUAUAUCCAAAACGUAAGAUGGAUUCUAAAGUUCGAUAUCGACCAGGACCGUUGUGCCAAAAACAGAAUCUACAAGUAUCUGGAAAUGAAAAAUGGGAAUCCCAUUUAUUAAAACUGCCCGAGUUAAAACUAGAAGUUACACCGAAGGUUGGGCAGAGGUUUUGUGAUGAUGUUUUACAUAGAUUUUCUUCUAUUAUCGGCGGAGAAUUAGAUGUAAAUUCAAUUGAGUUCGCAUUAUCAAUGGUUCAAACUGAACCUAAAGAGAAACCAGCAACUUUUGAAUUUCCUUUGCAGUUUCAAAAUAAGGUCGAAAAUGUUUUAGUUCGGCGAAAAAGAUCGCUAAUUGCGCAGAGUAAUAUCGAAAUCGGUGAAAAAUUUGAUACAAUCAAAAGUUCUAAAGACCCAGUGGCAGAUGUAAUAGAGGACUUAAUCAGAUACAUUGAAAUUAAAGAACUAGCCCCAUCAUUAAUAAAAGAAGAUGAGACUCAUAUGAAGGUUGAAGAAAAAUUAGAUAAAUUGCUAUCUCCAGUUAUUGAAAAUAACGUAAGCGUAUUCAAAAAACCACACAGGAAGCGAUCCAAGGUAGAAUACGAGUUACUUAGGUUAAAUUGCAAAGUUGUAAAUGUAGAAGUAGAAGAGACUGAGCAAAAGAAAUGUAACAAACCUUUUUGUGAAUUAGGUUGUUUAUGCAAAAGUCUAAAAUGCGAAUACAUUGCUACUCAUCAUUGCCAAAAAGUGGCUUGCAUGUUUGAAUGCACUUGCCCAAAGGAAAAAGCUCUAAUAUAUGACAGACUAACUCUACCUCCUGGUACUAAUGUUCUAUCUGAAGAUGCUGUUACUCGAAUUGAAGACGAAGCUAAGAAGAAUUUAGCCAAAGUUGAAAGAGAAUUUACUCAAACAGUUAUACACACUAGUAAUAAAACAAUAGUUGUUGGCAUUGGCAGUAGAACUAAAACUAGAAGAAGUGCUAAAAUUCCCGCCAAAUUUACAGAUUUUGUACCUUCUACCGAAAUUAGUUGCGACGAAGAGAAAUUGUCUAGUAUUUGCCAUGUGAGUAUAGCAAAUAUAAAUUUAUCUCAAAUAAUUCCUUAUUGUUUGACUCACAAUGUAUAUGAUUGCUAUUGUAAGGGCAAAGCUUUAGAGACACCUAUAUCUAUACCGGCGAGUAAACUUUCAAAUAAUGUAUCUAAUGAAGUUAUAACCCCAACUCACAAACUUGCACUAAGACCAAAAGCGCCUAAAAAAUACAAUUAUGGAGGCGAAGAGGAAGUGGAGGUAAAACCUAAAAUGCCUAAAAAAGAUAGUCUUUAUACAAAAUAUAAUGAAAAAAUGAAAAUUAAAGAAGCCAGGACUUCUUCUCAAAUAAACAAAAUUAUUGAUGCAAAGAAAUCAAAUAUCUUUAAAAAACAGAAACCAGUAUAUAUUCCAGAAAAAAGUUCUACGCCAUACAAGGUUGAAACCGAAACAAGUUCUAGUUCAAGUUCCCAGGUUGAUGGCGAAACAAGUUCUAUGUCGUCCAAGGUUGAUGCCGAAACAAGCUCCAAUUCUGGUGACAGCUGGUCUCCCUCUAAACGUCCUACGCGUAAUAUCAAGAAACGUACAUUUAGCGAAGAUUUUGUCGAAUACUAUGAAAAUCCAACCGUCCAUUCCGAAUGUUCUAGGGUGAAACCAAUAGCUAAAAAGUAUCUUAAGUCCUACAAAUAUAGUUCAGACGUUUUUAAUUUCGAUUUCAUUUUUAAUAUAACCGAUGCUGACUUAUUUAAAAUAAGACUUCAACAAACUACUCCGGGUAACGCUUCAACAGAAGCUGAAUUACUUAAACAGGCGCUAGUUCAGGAACAAAUGUCAGAACAGUUGAAACAAACGCAGGGCAAGAGUAAAAGGAAGCAGACAUUGUCAUCACGCUACGAUGGCGAUUUGCACGCAUCUAAUAAAGCUUUCAUAGAUGCUGCCAUUCAAAGAAGGAAAAAAGUAAUACGAAAAAGUUCCGAUAUUGGACCUGUGUUUGAAGGUGAAAUUAUUGUUGAUGAACAAAAUAUGGACUUGCUGAAAAAAAUGGGACCCAAAACCGUAGCUGAAGGCUAUGCUAGGUUAUUGCCCUGGCAUGCAUUAAUGGAUAGCUUUCAUAAUAAUACCAUCAGUAUUUGGAGCAUGGUGGAUCAACCAUCUAGGUUAUUGAUCAAUAAAGUUGAUAAAAAAUGUCCUAAAAAUUAUGUUAAUAUUAAAGACACGACUCAGAUGACUGAAGUAAUCGUAUGGAUUUUAAAAGAUAAGCUUCCUUCUCAUUAUCACGAAGACUCUUUGUCGUUUAUUUUAAAAGAAACUAAGGAUCACUUUGAAAUUUGUGGUAUUUGCACUAAAAACGUAGAGCAACACCAAAGUAAAACUAAACAAGUUACUCCAUUGAUGUUUAAAGACGAAUACGAAGAUGAAGAGAAAAAGUCGAGAGAAAAAGGUGAAAUCUUUUAUCACAAAGACUUGCAUGGCAUUGAAAGAACGUUAAUGUUGUACAAGGAAAAUAAGUUUCCACCUCAAGACUUGAAAUCUAUUAAAAUCGGAGAUUAUUUAACACAACAUUUAACGGUACGAUUGCCUAAAAUAAAUAAUUAUCUAAAAUGGCGGAUGAUCUAUUUGAAUUCAGAUUUUACGUUUCUUCAUUUUAAAAGUGCACAAUAUUCGAUUCGAUACACAGAUUUACAUGUUAUAUCAGGGUAUGCAAAUAAAAAUGAUGGGACGGUGGCAUUAAUAAAUAAAGAACUACAAAACGUAUACGACCACGUCUUAUUUGGUAUAUAUUUUGAUGGAAAACUUUGCGAUCGAGUUUUCAUUGGACCGUAUUACAUAAACAAAGAUAUGGACGAUGAUGUAGAAACUUUGAGGUAUAUCAACCAAACUCUUAUUUCAAGUGAAAGUUUUAAUAAGAUGAGAGGAAAAGGAGACUAUAAAUGCGGGCAUUGGUUAAUGCAAUCCAAUAUCAAACAGAAAUCAUGCUCAAAAGAGGAAAUUAGUAAUGACACAAGUACUAUAGAUCUGACCUCAGAAACUGAAGAAAAACUGCGCACACAUUCUUCUUUUAUAAUACAUAAUGAUGAAGUGAUAAAAAUUGUUGACGCUCCACCAAGAAGUCCGGAAGAUUUUAACAGAUAUAUUAGCACUAAUAUUCCGUAUUUUGGAUACUUGGGUGCCUUUACACAUCCAAAUGGAGUGAUAGAUGUCUCUUGGCCAUUUGAGAAUAAACUUCUGAGAUUUAAGAGUGAAACGUGUGCCACUUCGUUUUUGCAAGAUCGUUUUUCGUCACUUCUUCAAUGUGUCCCAGAAACUUUCAACAUUAACAUUAUUGUAUCUGUCAAAAUUGAUUUAUCAGAAAAACCAAUUAAUUCCUGCGUUCUUAACGGACAUUAUAUUUGUGGUGAAUUUGGCUACUAUAAUAUUUUGACAUUAACUGAUAAUGAAUGUCUGGAGAAGGUUGGUUUUACAAAGGAAGAUGUAUUAAAACUGUUUGCAAAACGAGCGCAGACUUUCAUUAGAAAAAAGAUAGACGAACUUGCUGAAAUUCUGAUGUUACCAAAACCGAAAUCUGACAUUCGUGAUUUAUCAUAUAUUAUAGAUAAGGCAAAUGAGGAAAUCUCAAAACAAACGAAGUUCGAAACAAGUUAUAUGCAAAGGAAAAAGCAACUAUUCUUUAGAAAACGGGAAAAUGCUCUAAAACUACACAGGAUCAUGUUAACCUUACCACCGGAUCAAAGAAAUAUAGAAAAUUUAAAAUUCCGCGAAAUUGUUCGCAAAAGAGAACCAAUCGAAGUUCAUGACUCAGAUGAGGAAAUACGUAGAUUUGACCAACGAAAUAAGAUUUUUAAAACUCCACCUCCAGUAACAUAUUCAUUCAAAGCAGGUAGUAAAACAAAGCUCAAAUCCGUGCUGAAACCUCUAGUAUCAGUACCAGUAAGUCAGUCAACUUCAUUUUUGGUAAGAGGCCAACCUCCAUCUUCAUCUGAAGCAGAUCCGCUAACCACAAAUGAACCAAAAUCCGAAUCUACAUUAAUAAAAGGCGUAAAAUUAGUAAAAACACCAAAGGGAUACUUGAUAGUAUCGGAUGGUAGUAAAAAUGAAGAACAAAACAAAUCUGUUUUAGCAGCAGGUUCAAAGAAAAAUGCUAUUUACAAUCAGCAACAAGAUAAUGCAGAUAGCGGUUCAUCCUCUAUCGAUGUGUCUGCAUCUAAUCUACCUUCUAGCGAUAAUUCUGUACCUCCACUAAGCAAUAUUAUUUCAUCUAAUCCAUCUCUUGUAAAUAUUUUAGAAACCAACCAAUCCUCAAGUAGUAUUAAUUCCUCACACGUACCUUCUAAUAGUAUUUCAGUGUCCAGAUUCAAAAAUAACAAUAUAGACAAAGAAGAUAUGUACAAUAUAGACGAAACUAUAAUUAUAGAUCUGGACCUAGAUGAAGAAGUUGGUGCAACGAGUGAUAACGUAACUGAGUUACAUAUUAUGGGUGAUACAAUUGUUAAAAAAGUUAAGGAUAAUUUACCGAAUAACGAGUCAAAUCUCGAAAUUUCCAAAUAUGUUGCAACAAAAUGUAAUAUAUCAAAUAACCAAAAGAGUGAUGAACGAGAAGAUGUCAAUGAACCAACAAUGGUGAUAGACUUAGAUCAGAUGUUUGAGGACGCAUUAGAAAAUAAUAAAGGAAAUAUAGAUGAGAGUAUAGCUACAAUAACGAAAGUUACUCACAAAAUGUUAGGUGAAAUUAUAAAUUUAGACGAAUCGGAAGAUGACGAUAUAAUCGAAGUAAAAAAUAAAUCUCCUCUGAUGCCUGAAUUUGUGAACGUGAACGAUAGUUUUAACGAUAAAAUGGAUUAUUCGGAUGAUAUGAACAUUAGUAUCCAUAGUGCGGAAAAAACAGAUGUAUUAGAAAGUGCGGAACAAACAUCCGAAGUGUGCAAUCAGUUGUAGUGGAAUUCGGAAAUAAUAGGCAACAAUGGAAUGUGUGAAGAAAGCUUUCAUAUGUCAUUGCGCCAAGGUUAGGUUGAUAUUCUGAGGUUACUGGACAAGUUACAUUUUUCACUUGCGCGCGGAGACGGGGGACAAAUAUAGGAAACGCAACGAUCGCAACAACGAUGGCGUCAUCUACGCGUCUCGGAUGUUAACUAAAGGUACUCGUAGUUUGUAGACAGACCAGUGUUGCCAAAUAUAUUUUUUUGAUAGAUCGUACAAGUAGAGUAGGAAAAUGGUAUUUCGACAAAAAAAUCGUACAAAAGGUACAUGUAUAGCAUAAUAUAGCUUAAAUGGAA